AUGGCGAUUGAAAAUGAGCUCCGAGUGGUGCUCCUUCUGUGCGUCGUAUGGCUGAUGGAGGUGGCCUGCACCCGCAUCAACGUCUCGCCUAUCAUCGGUCAGAUAGCGGGGGGGCUGGUGGUGGGCCCUGCACUCUUGGAUCUCAUACCGCAUGUGGAGGCGUUCAAACUGUUGGGAAAGCUGGGCGUGAUGAUUUUGGUCGUCGAAUCGGGGUGAGAAUCGAAAUGUGCAUUGUGCCCAUAUGUCGAUGCUCCAUUAACCCCCACGUGACUACACCCACGAAUGANAUAACGACGGGGAUAGCAGCACAGCAGCAGUAGCGUCCCCUACACAAUGGUACCCGCAGAGACCGGGGUGCUGCUGCGCCGCGGUCUUCCUUUUUCCGCAAGGUUCCUGAUCUCGGGUAGGGGCUGGGGCUCUGCUGCCCCGUGUUGACAGUAGCGCUGUCCUACCGCCCGGGCUGCAGCAGCCGAGGCGUCGGGAAGUUGGUUUGGCGUGGAGUUCGCGAUGGCCAGCAGCUCAUCCCAGACAACACGUGGAGCCGUCUCGGGAUGCCAUUGGUCUGCCUUGUGCUGCCAAAACUGAGCAACUUCCUCUGGGUCCAUGAUGAUGGUAGUGAUUGGGUUACUUCUCUUGCUGCUGUUGUGCCUAAAGGUAGAGAGGGAGGAGCGGCAAGGAGAGUAUCGUCCCCGGCCACUUUUCGCUCACAAUAGCAAGGGUUUUCGGGACUACAACUCUGAUCACAGCUCCGAUCUUCCCCCUCUAUCUGUAGUAUAGAAAUUGAUAAUUUUGCACGAUUUUAUUCUAUUUGACCCGAUAUUGCGUUAUUUUGCGAUUCGUACACACAGCAGUUGGUUGGAUAGAUUUUUUUUUCGUUUUGUGCCCAAGUUAUCGCUNCUUGAUCCGCGCAAUACCUCUUUUUCCAAGCGAUAAGUACCUCUCUCGUCUCGGAAGCACUUCUGCGCACAGCAGUACUCGAUAUGUGUACUCCUCGUGUCAUUGUUCGUAAUUGUGUAAAGUUUCGUGUCGAUCGGUUAGGAAUAGGGCGCGUUCUGUGACUACACCCACGAAUGAGCUCCUUUCCCAGCUCCGAUGACUCUUUAAUGCGACAUUAUCGAACCGAAUUGAGCUGUGGAUACCUGCGUCGACGAGGGCUCGACUGGACGAGUAGACCGUCGAAAAGGAACAUAAUAACGACGGGGAUAGCAGCACAGCAGCAGUAGCGUCCCCUACACAAUGGUACCCGCAGAGACCGGGGUGCUGCUGCGCCGCGGUCUUCCUUUUUCCGCAAGGUUCCUGAUCUCGGGUAGGGGCUGGGGCUCUGCUGCCCCGUGUUGACAGUAGCGCUGUCCUACCGCCCGGGCUGCAGCAGCCGAGGCGUCGGGAAGUUGGUUUGGCGUGGAGUUCGCGAUGGCCAGCAGCUCAUCCCAGACAACACGUGGAGCCGUCUCGGGAUGCCAUUGGUCUGCCUUGUGCUGCCAAAACUGAGCAACUUCCUCUGGGUCCAUGAUGAUGGUAGUGAUUGGGUUACUUCUCUUGCUGCUGUUGUGCCUAAAGGUAGAGAGGGAGGAGCGGCAAGGAGAGUAUCGUCCCCGGCCACUUUUCGCUCACAAUAGCAAGGGUUUUCGGGACUACAACUCUGAUCACAGCUCCGAUCUUCCCCCUCUAUCUGUAGUAUAGAAAUUGAUAAUUUUGCACGAUUUUAUUCUAUUUGACCCGAUAUUGCGUUAUUUUGCGAUUCGUACACACAGCAGUUGGUUGGAUAGAUUUUUUUUUCGUUUUGUGCCCAAGUUAUCGCUGGCGCACAGGAGUAAGGGUCCACCUUGCGAUGACUCUCGACGGGUCCCCUCUACAUAUGCGUAUCGGCGUCUCUUUUCAACCGAAUGUCAUACCACGAGGCCUGCUGCUACUGCUACUGCUGCUGUUUCUGCUGUUGGUGUGCUGCCGACGGUUGGAUAUUUUUUCGGAUUUUUUCCCAAUGUCACAUUCGUUCGUGCGUGGACAUGUGUCGUCGCUUCCAACGAAGGAGCACUGAAAGUGGAACGUUAGGUGGUGCCAGGCCUCGCGGGCGGGGUGUGCUGCCUUGGCCGCGGGCGGACAGCAGUGAUAUUACUAGAGCUAUCCCAUGUGGAUACCCAUGUUCAGUUCACAGCAGCAGCAGUGCGGGGUGAAGACAAUGUGUCUGCCUCUCUCGAUCGAGCCCCCCAGUUCACGCCCAGCUCGUACAGCAGUCACCGAUGACAGCCCUGAUGUGUGUUGGUCUGCUGUUACAUACCAAAGGUUUGUGUGAGCAAAGGAGUGGCGUGUGGAUGCGACCAUGUG